AUGCAGAAUGAACUAUCUUCUGAAAUGACCGAACUCACACGGUUAGACCACAUUAUCCUACAAAAUGGCGGCAAGACUGUGAAUACUGAACGUCUUCCGAUCUUUCUUCAAAUCUCUAAAAAUGAAAGAUCACUAUCCCUGGAGGAACUCCAGUUUGAGAUAGGGCGUCUACGUCAGGAAGUGGCACUCCACCAGGAGGCUCAGAAAGUCCUUAUGAAGCUCUUUAAUGACACGCGAGAUGUUUAUCAGCUUCUUAGAGGAGCACUCAUGAAAGCAGCCUCUCGAUGCACCAGAGAUACCAGCUUUCUAGAGCUAGCAUACAACGUCCAGGAUGCUGGCCUAAUGAUACAAGAGAGUUUGCAUGGAGUAUCAGAAAAGUUGACUAUUUCUGAAAGUAAACAUCUACAAACAUUAGGAAUCUCUUUGGAUGAUACGAAAGGAAAGGACUUCUCGGUGUUUUAA